AUGUCGAACCUUAGCAGUCCCGUCGACGGGCCGAAGCUUCCGUACCGCUCGAACACCCUGAGAACUGUCAGUACUGGCACGGAGCGCCGGGCUUCAAUGAGUGAGGAUGAGGCUAUCCCGGGCUCCGACAGCAAUGAGACCACCAACCUCCUGAUCGAACGAUUGCGCGCUUGGAAGCAUAUGUGCGGAUACCUCGAGGACUAUGUGGCUGUCACAGCGAAAGUGCAGAAGGGCAUGUCGAAGGAUUUCGAGAAGGUCUUGAAGACGGUGAAUGAGCCGCUCAAAGAGGGACACCAUUUCUCUCAGAGUGCCGGAGGUGUCUAUUCGUUCUUUGAGAAUAUUCGUGCUAAUACUCAAGGCAUGAUCAACCUGUACGCCGAUGGCGAGAGGAACCUCAAGACCUCCGUGCUCCCCACGUUGGAGAAGCUACACAAGGAACUCAAGGCAAAGUCGAAGGAGCUACAGACUGGUGCUUCCAAGGGCGCAAAGGCUGUCGAGAAAGCUCGGAAUCUGACACAGAAACACAUCGAGCUCCUUGGCCAGAAGACGUCAGCGUUGGAUUCUGCUGCCGGGAAUAGACUCGAAACCGCUCAUGAUCCGUACCUUGUUCGUCGCGGCAUCAUCCAUCGCCUCAAUAAGCAAGUCAUCGAGGAGAAUAAUAACCGGCAAGAAAUUAUUGCCGUGCAGAACAACUUCCAGCAGUUUGAGGCGCAUGUCCUUCAGGUCGUUCAGGCCGCAAUGGACCAACUUGUUGUAUUCAUGGGCGGGCAGUCGGAUCGUCAAAAGGCCAUGUACACCGAUAUUCUCGGCACGUUGCAGCGCAUUCCUCCCGAGUUCGAGUGGGUGAACUUUAUUACCAGGAACGACUCAACUCUCGUCGACCCUGAUGCGCCACCAAGAACCCUCGCGAACAUCACUUUCGCCAACCAAGACCACCGCACCACGCAGCCUCUGAUCCAGGGGACUCUCCAGCGGAAAUCGCGUGUCCUGGUCAAGGGCUUCACCAGCUUCUUCUACGUUGUCACACACGCCAGAUAUCUCCACGAAUUCAAAGACAACGACGACUUCCACAAGGAUCCCGCUCCCGAGCUGUCGUUGUACCUACCAGACUGCCACGUUGUCUCCAUCGACGAAGUCAAGAACACCUUUACGAUUAAGGGUAAGGACGUGUCAAGUAACGUCGUCGGGAACGCUUUCCACACGAACACCGAGUUCGUCUUCAAGGCCGGCUCCGCAGCCGAUGCCAAGGAAUGGCUGAAGGUUAUCAAGGAGGCUGCCCACACUCCUAUCGCCACAACUACUGCCGCAGCUGCUGCCUCAAACCUGACAUCACCCAUCACCUCCCCAGUUAGCCCGGCCCCAUCUGCCACCGGCGCUGCUCAACCACCCGCCUACCCCGAGAAGGAGACCGCCGCGCAAAGCCCCGUCUCCCCGGCUGCAGUCAGCCGGACAAACACCACCACAACGACAGGCGGCGUUGCGGAGAAGGUCCCCUCUCCAGUCUCCGAGAAGACGGAGCAGACCGCCGUAGCUGAGAAAUCGUGA